GCGACUACCGCUGACACGUCAGAUGUAUUUGCCGCCAUUUUUGACUUUCUUUGCCCUUGUCAAGGUUUUCGUUUCUGAAUCGUUGCAAUUUGACUCGAGAUGCCUCGUGAAAUUAUAACUUUGCAAAUUGGACAAUGUGGAAAUCAAAUUGGAAUGGAGUUUUGGAAGCAGCUUUGUGCUGAGCAUGGAAUAAGACCAGAUGGAAUCCUUGAAGAUUUUGCCACAGAUGGAACUGACAGAAAAGAUGUGUUUUUCUAUCAGGCAGAUGAUGAACACUACAUCCCCAGAGCAGUUCUGUUAGAUUUAGAACCAAGAGUAAUAGAUGCAAUCACAUCAUCACCAUAUGCCAACUUGUAUAACCCUGAAAAUAUGUACACAUCAAAGCAUGGUGGAGGAGCUGGAAACAAUUGGGCCAGUGGAUACUCACAGGCUGAACGUCUUCAUGAAGAAACUUUUGAUAUAAUUGACAGAGAGGCUGAUGGGAGUGAUAGUCUAGAGGGCUUUGUAAUGUGUCAUUCCAUAGCAGGUGGAACAGGAUCUGGUAUGGGAUCAUAUCUGUUAGAAAAACUUAAUGACAGAUUCCCAAAGAAGUUGAUUCAAACAUACUCUGUGUUUCCACAACAGGAAGACAUUAGUGAUGUUGUAGUACAGCCAUAUAACUCUAUACUUACACUCAAGCGACUCACUCAAAAUGCAGAUUGUGUGGUUGUUCUUGACAAUACAGCUCUCAACAGAAUUGCAGCAGACAGGUUGCACAUACAAAAUCCAACAUUUUCUCAAGUAAAUCAACUGGUAUCUACAAUCAUGGCUACAAGUACAACAACUCUUAGAUAUCCAGGUUACAUGAACAAUGAUCUGAUUGGUUUGAUUGCAUCUCUAAUUCCCACACCACGAUUACAUUUUCUUAUGACUGGGUACACUCCACUUACUACUGAUCAGAAGGUGGCUAACAUUCGUAAAACAACAGUCCUUGAUGUAAUGAGAAGGUUGUUGCAGCCUAAAAAUGUAAUGGUGUCAACACUCAGAGACAGGAAACACAACCACUGUUACAUCUCCAUUCUGAACAUCAUCCAAGGCGAAGUUGACCCCACUCAGGUUCAUAAGAGUCUACAGCGGAUCAGGGAAAGAAAGCUUGCAGAAUUCAUUCCAUGGGGACCUGCCAGUAUUCAGGUUGCAUUGUCAAGAAAAUCUCCAUAUGUACAGACAGCACACAGAGUAAGCGGACUGAUGUUGGCAAAUCACACAAGUAUAUCAACUGUAUUUGAAAAGAACUGCCGACUCUUUGAUAAACUUCGGAAGAGAGAAGCCUUCUUGGAAAAUUAUAAAAAGGAGGAGAUUUUUAAGGACAACUUCGACGAGCUAGAUGCUUCAAGAGAAGUUGUUCAACAAUUGAUAGAGGAAUACCAAGCCGCUACAAAAGCUAAUUACAUCAUGUGGGGAACUCAACAGCAGGGAGCGGCCGCGUCUGGAUUAGAUACAAAGAUUUGAUUUCAAGAACACGGGAAACAGAUUUUCAAUUUUGUAUCUCUUGUGCUGGGAUUCGGCUUAAAGACCGACUCACAGCGACAUAAGAAUCAGCGAGCUUUGACGGUAAAAACGACAAUCUCUUUGAAACGGAGGGCCGGCCUAUGCAGGGGUGUGGAGGGG